AUGGCUAAUAUUGAAACUGUUGUUGAACACAGCAUCAACCAUAUUUCAGAUGAUAACCAUGAAAUACCAGAACGAGAGAAACCCAUCAAACCAAUCAGACGACAAUCUUCAUACUAUACUCCAAAUCUGGAGGACAAAUUUCGACGUAAAUUAAAGUAUUUCUUCAUGGAUCCUUGCAGCAAAUGGAAAGCUAAAAGACGGUUUCCAUGGAAACUCUGUUUGCAAAUUGUGAAGAUAAUAAUAAUAACAGCUCAGGUAGUAAUAUUUGCAGGCCAGAGAUCAGGCACUGUAGAUUAUUUUGAAAGAAACAAGUUGGCACUAAAACACAUAUUUCUAAAGAAUUGGGAGGCAGCUUAUGAAACUAUGCCAUAUCCUCCUGCUGUUGGAAACUAUGCUGUUUAUACUAAACAAGAUUUGAUAGAUCAUAUUGAUCAUAUUAUGCAGCAGUAUUACAGGAUACCACAAGUUGCUAUUGGAACAUUUUUCUGGGAGAGGAAUGAUACAAAUGGUACAGAAUCAGUUCCACCACCUAUACAAAUGUGUAAAACAAGUUAUAAUGAAGUUUCAAUAUUUGAAAAUAAGUCCUUCAUUAUUGACCCUGAUGUUCAUACGGUAUGUUUUCCUAUAGAACCUAUAGUAUAUAAAAAUAAAACAGUUUCCUAUGAUAUAUUGGAAUAUUUAAGAGAGAAAAAUCUCACUAUUUUAUUUACCAGAUUAAUAAAGAUUGAGUUGAAAAUUGCGUUUCGAUCAUAUCAUUUAGAUUUAUUAACAAGACAUACUGGACCUGCCUGUUUUAAAACACAAGUUAAUGUACUAUUUGAUAAUAACCAAAGAAAUGGUCAGACCCUGAUAGAUUUAAACACACAAAUAUUUGAAAUAGAGUGUAAUGGUAAAAUACUCUCAGAGGAUGUUGAAGAUAUAAGAGACCGGUUGAUAGCCUAUGAUUCUGUGGUAAUGUGUGUAGUAAUACUGUCAACUUUUCUGUGUAUUAGAUCUAUCAUCAGAGCUCAAAAACUACGAAAGGUAUAUCUUACUGUAAUAUUUUUUAGUAAUCGUUUUGGUAAACAACUAUCUUUAUCAGAACAACUAGAGUUUUUAAAUCUGUGGUAUGUUUUGAUUAUUAUCAAUGACAUAUUGACGUUGGCAGGUUCUUGUUUUAAAAUAAUGUUAGAAAGUAAGAAAUUUUCCAGUUUAUCUGAGAAUUAUGACCUAUGCAGUAUAUUAUUGGGUUCAGGUAGUUUAUUAGCUUGGUGUGGAGUUCUGAGAUAUUUGGGAUUUUUUGCCAAAUACAAUAUUUUAAUAGUUACGUUAAAAACAGCAUUCCCUAAUGUAUUAAGGUUUAUGGUGUGUGCUUUAAUACUUUAUCUCGGUUUUAUGUUUUGUGGUUGGGUUAUAUUAGGGCCCUACCAUAUAAAGUUUCGUCAUCUGAGUACUACUUCAGAAUGUUUAUUUUCACUGGUUAAUGGUGAUGAUAUGUUUGUUACCUUCUCAGCUACUGAGACUAAUAAUAAUCUAGUGUGGUAUUUUAGUCGAGUUUAUCUCUAUAUAUUUAUUAGUUUAUUUAUCUAUAUAGUCCUCAGUUUAUUUAUAGCUGUUAUUAUGGAUACAUAUGAAACACUUAAGCAUUAUUGGGAGAAUGGAUUUCCUAAGAGUGAUUUAUUUACGUUUAUAGAAGAAUGUAGUGACUUACCAUCAUCAGGUCGAUUUGAUGAUAGAAAGUUUAAAGGCUGUGGUCUUUGUUCUUGCUUUCCUUGUUUUGAAAAGUAA